GUUUCCAUAAAUUAUUUUUCAUAUUUCGAUGUGUGUUCGGUGAGUGGACGUAAUUUCCACAAAAAUAUCUAACUUAUUGGAGUUAUGAUGUUACAAACAUUAAAUUCCAAACAUCAACAUGGCGGCAGCAGAGAAAUUGCACGUGGAUGCGAAAGUCGUCGAGAGUAAGUUUCAAAAACACCCAGAACGACAGAGUAAGCAGGACAAGCAACUCUUGGAAACAUUCUGGGACCUUGCUGCUACAUUAGACGGUAAAAGGGUGGGAGCUGCAGGGAGACUUAUCGAUAUAGUGAGCAGAAGGCAGGCGGACCAUCAACGCGAUGGUACAGCCAGCAUGACAGCGACGCCGGAGGCAUUAUGCGAGGAAGUCCAGUACACACUCAAGAGGCUCAUCAGAGGGUUGGCAUCACCACGGAAAGGAGCCCGGCAGGGCUACGCUAUGGCACUGGCCCAGCUCCUGGAGCACAUAGAACAGAUCACUCUUGGCGAUGUCUUCAAACUCAUCAAAGAACAUCUCGAGACCAAAGGCCUUAAAAGCGAGGAGAAGCAAUGUUUGUUUGGGAAAGCCUUCGCCUACCUUUCCAUCAUCCAGUCGGGGAAGUUGCAAAAGGAGGACGGUCGCUUCUCUGCCGAGGUGAUCAGGCAGCUUCAGAACCUGUGCGUGCAGAAGGGCUUCCUGGAAGACAUCUGCUUUAGAGCUGUAAUCGACCUCAUAUCACGGAGUAAAUUGGUGGCAUUUGAAGAGGACAUCUGGCCGACGCUGCAGCGGGAACUGAGGCAGGGCUGGGGGUCCUGCAAUCCCUACACGCUAGCCAUGCUGGCUGCUUGCAAACGCACCUUCCCUAGUAUUGUAGACAAGAAGUUCAUGCAGAAGCAUUGGGAACAUGCCGACCUGUUGGAUGCAAGCAACCUGCCUUAUAUAGCAAGGAUCAUAGCUAAUUCUACUACCACUUCCCACCCUCAUCCUCAUGCUGUCUGUGACAUUCUGUUGUCGUGGGUGUUGGAAAAGAGGGAGAAAUUGCCCAUAUUCUGGAAUAAAGUGGUUGACGGUCACCUCUGCACCAGCACGCAGGACGAGUGCGUCUUCCUCGCCUUCCGCUUGCUGGAGGCGGUCCUCCCUGCGUGCAGCACUGCUGAGAUACCCAGGGUCUUGUCCAAGAACCUGUUGCGGAGCUUCAUUAGCAGCUUGGCCAACCGGCAGGCUGGGCUGUACGCGGCCGCCAACAAACUGAGUAGUUCACUAGCUAGCCUCGUCAAGAACAUGGAGGACUCGGCGACGCAGUUGGCCAUAGUCAAGGGACUGCUACUCAGUCCGGGGCACUUCAACUUUGACGAAAUCACCAAAAGUCGGACCGUUUACUCAAUUAUCAGCAACUUCAAUUCUGAUGCAGUGAGGUUAUAUCUGAGGUGGUUGAAGGAGCUAUUUAACACAGGCUCAGUCAAUGCUGGGAGCAACGAGCCCCGUGAUGUCGACAGCGGAAGACACUGGGUUUCAAUGCAGGUGCUGUCCUUAGUCAGGAAUCCUCACCUACAGAAGGACACAGACUGGCUGAGCGACUGCUUCCAAUUUCUCUUCCUGCAUGCUUUCUUCAGGGUCUGGAAGGCAACCAAAGAUAUCCCCAACUGUGGCAGGGUGCUCGAUGUCCCAGUCGGCGAGUCGCUACGGCAGCAGAUGGCCCAGCAUUUCUACAGCGCCCUCGGGGUGGUGUGCAACCUGUCCACCAGGGCACCAGUGGAGCCGGAGGGUACCAGCGCUGAGUCGGGGGAAUUGUGGGUGUAUGUCAUUGUGACCUAUGCGCAGGCUCUUUUGAACUCCCCAGAUGUGAACCGUGCCAUAACUUUCUCAGAUGAGGCCCAGGGAGCUUGGGCUGAGAUGCUGUCGGUCGUGGACAAGCUGCGCAAGAAGUCCAAGCUAGCCAAGUCCCCGUCGGCCGGCCCAGCCUUCCAGCUCCUCUUCCUCCACGUGGGCCUGCAGAUGUUCAGCGAGACGCAGCAAGCUGUGGACAUACUACAGGAUCUCCACGGAUGCUACGAGCGAGCUGUGAGCAGGAGAAGAUCCCUCAAGAAGAAGACAGAGGACGAGCCAGAGUGGGUGGAGGUCGUGACCGAGAUCUUGCUCAGUCUCUUGUCCAAGCCGUCACAUCUCUUGCGGACCGUGGUGGAUGGCGUCUUCAAGAUGAUCUGCCCUCACAUGACCCCAGAGGCACUGCAGCUGCUCCUGGAUAUUCUUGAUCCAACCAAAGAGGUUGAAGAUGGUAAUAUGGAGAUCACUGAAUCAGACUAUGAGGAAGAUGCAGAAAUGGAAGAGGGGAGCGAUGAUGACGAUGACGAUGACGAUGGGGAGGAGCAGGAGAAGAAUGACAAGGUCAUGGAGUCAACUCCAGUCAGCAAGAAGAAACGGCUUUCAAACGGUCAUGGAAACCACACGAAUAAGAAGCAGAAGCCGUCCAGCGAGGACAGUCACAACGAAUCAGAGAACAGUGAGGACAGCGAGAGCGGAGAUGAGAACAACGAGGACGAUGAAGAUGAUGACGUCGACGAGUUCUUCCGCAACGAUGUCAAGACAGCACUGGGCGAUGCAGCAGCUGAUGAGGAUGACAGUGACGAUGACGAUGUUGCCAGCAACUUUGACGACGACACGAUGAUGAGGCUGGACACGGCGCUCUCCAGUCUCUUCAAAGCCAAGAUGGCCGACCGGAGGAAAGGCAAGAAGGAGACCAACACUGUGCUGCUGCAUUUCAAGCUCAGAGUCCUGGAUUUGCUAGACAUAUUCAUCAAGAGACAGCAAUCGAAUCCUCUAAUACUGGAAUUGGUUCUGCCGUUGUUGGUGGUCGCCCAGACAGCAUCCGUGCACAAGGACCAGCACGUCCUGUCAGAGAAGGCAGUCAGCAUCUUUCACAACAAGCUCUGUAGGGUCAGAAAGUAUCCGCAUAAUCUCACAGAGCAGAGAGAAUUGCUACACGACACCAUUGAAGCAAUCUUGCAGAUCGCUAAGAAAGCAACUUCCGUUAUGACUGUGUCACUUUCGUCAACUGGCUGCUUGUUUCUGAUCCGGGUGUUACGAGGCAACGUCGAGAUGACCGACCUGUCUCCUGUGAAAACGAGACACCAGAGGGCCGAGGAGAAGAAAGCCAGCUCUGUCACGCAGGAAAAUGUUCCACAGUCAAAUAUGUUGGAUGUGGAAAGGAUAAGCAAGCUGUACUGUAGUGCCUUAGAAGACUUCAUGACUCACAGGAGCACCAACCUCCACUCUCUUCUCUUCUCGGAGCUGAUUGAACGGUUCCCCAACCUGGCUUGGCACUUUGCCGAAGAUCUUGUCCAGUAUAUCAGCACUGGUUGCCAGCUUUACCGAAAGACUCAAGCCUGUAGAUUGUUAGCUCUGCUUAUGUCCAGCAGACCUGUACAAGGUGACUCUGGCAGAUGGAGCAACACAAGCGAGAGACUCUUGAAAGAUGGCCUUGAGGUGUUGCAGAGCAUGUUGGACGGAGAGCAAGUCAUCAAACCCAAGUUUCUUCUUCAGUUGCUGAUUCUUCUGCGGGAGUUUGCCAAUGCUUGUCACUGCGUGAAUAAGCUCCCUAAUUUCUCCAAGAUGGAGUCAAGGCUAGAGGAACUUCAGAAGAAGGUGGAAGUCAGCCGAUCGGGUGAGCUCACCUCGGCGGUCAGGAGCGUCCUCAAGGCGUUUAGCAACAGACCUGCUGACACACGAGGUUCCGGGAAGAGAAACAAACGGAAAAAGCACAAACGGAACAAGAAGAGCAAAAGGUCAAAACCAGUCGAUAGUUAGGUGAAAGAAUGCCACAAUUCAGUUGUUUCUAUGAUAAUUUUUUAUUGUAAUUGGGCCAAUCAUAUAACAUAAAAAUGCAGUAUAAUUGUUGUGGGAUAAUAUGCUAUCGCGCUUGCAGGUAUUUCACUUAACGUCAUUACCCUUCCUGAUUCUAUGGUUUUUAAGGCAUUUAUUUUGGGGGUUCAGAAUUUCCUUUUGAUGGGGUCUCUCAACCUCACCCUAUCUGAAUUUUCAUUUGACACUUGCUCUUGGGGGUUCUGCUCUUUGGGGGAAUUACUCAGCAUUCUCAGUGCCCCCAGUAACUACUUGUCGUAAAUCCAGGAUAAAACUUGAGCUCAUCAAUGGUAAACCAGCAGAACUUUGAAAAAAGGGGCGUGAUUUCUCAGGAUAUUGCUGGAUUUCAGGACUUUUGAUGCCCAAAGUUCUGGGUUUUUCAGAGUUUUAAUCAUUCAGACGUUGCUCCUUUUUUUGCCAGAAACCCCAAGUCGGAGAUUCACUUCAUCGUAGCCUUUGGCAAGAAAACUUGUCUCUUGUUAGCUUUUCAAAGCUCUGAAGAGUCACAUUAUUUUAUUGUUAUCUGUAUAACCCCUCCACUGGGUAUGUCAUGAAUUUCUCUAAAUCUCACACCUUGGGGAAAAAAAAGCAAAAACAUGCUACGUAAUGUUUUAGCGGUCAGUCUACAGACUCCAAGGACGAGAUAAUUUCUCUGUUGUCCGAAGGACUGGCCAAAAAAAGUUUUGGUGCUUGAGCCCUACCAGAAUGGAAAACCGUACCAUGCCUAAGUUUUCCAAAACUAGUUUAAAAUGACGUGUUCAUAUCAUGGAGCAUGUCUGCCUGUAACUUUUUUUUCUUCAAUGAGAACAAAUCACCAACCGUGAUUUAAAAAUCCAGAUUUUUCCUUUGUACACCUUGUUGUGUGGUUGAUUCGUUUCACAUACAUGUACAUGUAUACAUGGCUGAAAGAAAGGACCGUGUUGGAGUAACAACAAAACACUUAAGUUUCAGUUGUUGGUUUUUGUUUUCUUUUGUUUUAUGUUUAUUUGGUGGAGGGGGGUUGUUUUUUGUUUAUAAUUAGCUUACAUGUCCCAACUACCCUUUGAAUUGUAUUUCAAAAAUGAAAUAAUGUAUUUUCAAAUAAAUUAUAAAUUUUAAAGCCCUCCCAAAAAAUACACAAAAAAAAGAGUAAACUUGGAUUUUAAGCUCGGCCUGUUGCAGUGAUUAAAAUUCAAGACCUAAGUAGGCCCAGGCCAGCUACAAUUACAACCGCAAGAGGGACAUGGCCGACUGAGCAGAUGCCAGUGGCCGCGGCAGAGUUAGGCGGGGCCCGUCUGUGUCCCUCCAUGGGUCCUGCCGCCAGGUCAGCACCCUGGGAGUUGGCGGCCUCGUUCCGCUGGAAUUCCCCGCACGUAGUCCAAAACGGACAGCUGGUCGGCCAACAGGCCCUGAAUGGUAUAACUGGACCACAGUCCCACGUUUCUGUAAAAAAAGAUCAAAAUUAUGUGGGGGGGUGUGAAGAUGUGAAACUUUACCGAACAUUUCCCAAUGAUUAUCAGAAAUUCCAGUCUUUUUACCCUUCAGAAACAUGCGCCUCAGUUAAAAAAAAAGACCACGAACUGUGGCAGACUAGGUUCCUUACCGACGAAGUAUAAACGGCAAACAAGAAACUAAUAUUCCACAACCCUGAUUUCAGUAACUAUCGAAGCUUCCUGCUUGUAAAAUUUCACUCUGAAGUGUGAAGUUGUAGCGUGAAAUUACAACUGGGCAGUGAAACUACAUCAACCCCCACGCACAACUUCUAAACUCUAGAAGGUAACCGUGUGCCCUGUGGUUUUGGUAGAGGUAAUUAAUGUUGAUGGGCCGUACAUUUUUCGGGGGACCGGAAAGCGAUUCCCUCUAUUUGUGGACCAGAGCACAAUAUAACACAAAGGACGAAAUACAUUUGACAUUUCCAAUUUCAUGCAUGGUGGAACGACAUUUCAGAUGUUUAGUUGAGAGUUUUGUACGAGAGCAUUCGGUGAUUUGAUGCCAACUUGGGCAAUCAACCAUGCAGCUUUUUUAUAUCGAGAGGACAAUUUGUGGGAAGGGGGACUAAUCCUGCCCUUUCCUCCCGAAAUAAUGCGAAAGCCCCGGAACGUAGCGUUAUUCUCAGCCUCGGGUUAGGCCUACAUGUAAGGCAAUUCUCAAAACAAAGGAUAUCUGCAAUUAUCUCCUAUGGCAGUGCUAUUACCGUUUAGUCGUUAAUGUGUUACGCAUAACUGCUGGCGAACAUUUUGCGCCAGCUCGUCGGAAGUCGGUAAUCGCUCGUUAUUAAAUAAAUUACGUCUGGAAAUCCACCUUCUAAAUUCCUCUCUCGCUAUCGUGCGAGUUACUGGCGAAACAGUGAAUGUCUUCUUGACUGUUGGGGAUGAUUGUGUCGAUUCUUUUUUUUUUUUAAUUCUGUAUAUUUGUUUUUGUUUGAUUGUUUUGUUUGUUUGGGGUUUUGUUAUGUCCUCUUUUUUUUCUUGGUGUUUGUUUUUUGGGGUUGUUUUGAUUUUAAUUUUUUUUACUCGGUAAAACAUUGAAACUAAAAAGAAGCCUUUCUCUUUUGGGGGCAUAUACAGUUAAUGAACAUUUAGCUUUUACUCUGUGUAUGUGAAAACGUGAAUGUUACCACACGGAAAUUAAUAUUAAUUGGAUUGUACGGAAGAAAAAAAAAGAUGUCGAAUGGAAAUUUA